UUCCUGCCAACUGGCUAUAAAAUGUUAAAACCCAGCGAAUUUUGCCAUGACAUAGUCUGUAUCUUGUGGUGGUAUAUUGCAGAUUUAUAAUGUCGUAAAUUUGACAGGAAUGUAAAGAUAAAGCCAGCACGCAGGCAACUCAGGCAGCCAAAAUAGGACCUCCCCUCCACUUUGUCGAACUUUUUUUCCCCCCCUCAAUCAAGCGAACAAAACCCCAUUAAAAGGUACAAUAGCCAUUUAGUUUUGAACAUUACUAACUCCCUCAACAGUUUCCCGUCACUUGGGGCGAGUUUAGGCGAUAUGCUUUCAGCCGUGAAGUGCGUGCUGUCCAAGAUGAUUUCCCCGCUGUGGAGUAAAGUACAGGCGGAAGCUAAUGGCGGCGCUGCGGAACCGGAGAUCAUCCGCCACAUCCUCGACGGGGUGGUGACUCAGCUGGGCCUGGACCACGGCCUCAUCGACGAUGCCGUCUACUUCACUAGUGGCGUGGUGCUGGGUGGGGUUCCUCUCAAAGUUGGGGACGUGGUGAAUGUCAUUGCUGUGGGCGAUGGUGCCCAUGGCGGGUGGAGAGCCCUCAGGGUACUGAAGAGUUCUAAUGCUUGGGAGGCCGAAGGGGGGACAUCUUUGGAGGACGAUUGUGCUCAGCUGCGACCUCUGAUCGGCAACAUCACGUCAUUUGACGGCGAGCACGGCUACAUCAACCAGAACACUUACUUCUUACACAGCAGUCUAUGUGAAGGUUACAAGCCCAUGACAGGAGACUGGGUCCAAGCAAAAUACUUUAUCAAUCCCAACCAGUGGGCGAGCCAGGCUCAAUCUGUAACACCGUUGCGCUAUUGCCGUCUUAAUGAGGUGUGUGUGACCAGCAUGUACAAUAACACCGGAGUGGUGGAGCACAGAGUAUUCUUCUGCCUGGACUCUCUGCUGCUGCCUGCCUACUACAAGCCCUCAGUGGGCCAUGUUGUCAACUUGGUGAUGAUGGAGAGCAAACAGUCCAUCUACCGCUGGAGGGCCCUGUGCAUGGCGCCAAAUAUGCAGAGUUGGGAACCCACGCUGACACACACGCCUUCAGCUGAACUGGAGACCUUACUGGAAAAUAAAGGAGGGUUGGAUGUAACUUUCUAUGGCCAGUUUGAAGAUUUGAAAGUGGGAGAACAGAGGAAGCUGGUGCUCUGGAUACAGAACAAAGGCUCAGAGACUCAUCAUCUUAAGUGCUGCGAGUUUGCUGGCUGGGACUCGGAACAACAGUUCUUUCUGAGUCCACGCAAGGUAGGACUGAAUCAAAAACCCGGAUGCAAUUCUGGCCCUGGUCUUGCAGAAGAACGAGGAAGUCAAAAUGAAGAAGCAGAUGGCAAGGAGACAAAGCCCCCUUUCUCUGUGAGGAGAGAAGUAAGAGAGGAGUCUCUUCCUCCAGGAGAGCGACUCUCUGUUGUAGUCGGGUGUAAAGCAAAGACCCUGGGAAGCUGUGCUGAGCUGCUGUUACUGCACUUCUCCUCAUUUGACAUCGGGAGGCGCCUCGAAGUGACGGUGUGCAGCAAGGAUGAGGCUCUGCUGCAGCCUUGUGUGCCCUACAGUCCCGCUGUUGCCAAGCCCAUCCCAGCGGCGCCUUCCCACGUGAUCACCCUAACUGCUCACCUUUCCACCCCUAAACGAUUUCCGAACCGGCUGAUGCCGUUCUUUCUGCCUCACUAUCUGGUGCCGCAGCCUGUAAGAGACUGUGUGGCUGGACAGAAGGACAUAUUGGUGGUCCAGCCCUGCUUAGGAGAGGUGCUGUCAGCCUCCAACGCACAGGCCCGUUUCUCUACCCUGCUAUGGAUGGAGGAGCUUCAUGGCGAGGACGAACUACGACAGCUCACCAUCCAAGGAGCGCGUCUCAGGAAAGGGGCUGCCUACCUUCACCUGGAGGUCCUUGGCCUGGCUGAGGGGUGGCCCAAACUCAAUAUAGGUGACAGAGUUGUAUUGAAGAGCCUACAGAGUGACAGUAUGAUGAUGGAGUAUAUUAGCUGUGUAGCUGAGAUCAACGAUGAGGAUGUGAGUCUGAAAGUCAACGCAGAGUUUCAUCGCAGCUACCUUGGCGAGCCUCUUGAUGUGGAGUUCUCUUACAACAGGUUAACCAUGAGGCGCUGUCACCACGCAGUUGAACAGAUAAAAUCUUUCAUAGAGAUUUUCUUCCCCUCCAUACUUACUACACAGACCCCUCUGUGGACAGUGAAGUGGUUAGAAGAUGACCAAAACAAAAUACAGGAUGGAAAUGAGUGCAUUGACCAGACACCAAACAAUUCAGUCGACAUGGAGUCAAAAGCCACACAAACUAAAGAUGGCAGUGUGCCACUAAAGCCUACUGCCAGCCCGGGCCAUUUCUUCAACCGUGACCUGAACCCUGCUCAGAAGGAGGCAGUGAAGAGAAUCCUGGCUGGAGAGUGUCGGCCCACCCCUUACGUGCUAUUUGGACCCCCUGGCACUGGGAAGACCAUCACCCUCAUUGAGGUCAUACUACAAGUGUACCACUUCCUUCCUAGCAGCCGCGUCCUUGUGUGCACGCCCUCCAACAGCGCGGCCGACCUCAUCUGCAUCCGCCUGCACGACAGCGGCCUCGUGGACACUGCAAGCAUGGCCCGUGUCAACGCUUCUUACAGACAGGAGAUGUGCAUCCCCGAGGUGCUUUGGCCGUACUCGAAAGCCGGCGAAGACCUCAUUCAAGCCUCUUUCCACCGCAUAGUGGUCACCACCUGCUCCAGCGUGGGCCUGUUCUACAAUCUAGGACUCCAAGUUGGACAUUUUACUCACGUGUUCCUGGAUGAGGCAGGUCAAGCAACAGAACCAGAAUCUAUGAUUCCUAUUAGCUUCAUAUCAGAAAGUGAUGGGCAGAUAGUGUUGGCCGGAGAUCCGUGCCAGCUGGGGCCGAUUGUGAAGUCCAAGAUGGCCUCGGCCUUUGGCCUGGGCUUGUCCCUGUUGGAGAGGCUCAUGGCCAAUCCGCUUUAUGCCAAACAUGAGUGGGGCUAUAAUCCAAAGCUGGUGACAAAGCUGGUCUACAACUACCGUUCCCAUGAGGCCUUGCUCACGUUGCCCUCUAAGCUAUUCUACCAUGGAGAACUAUGCGCCAAAGCCCCCACAGCUGUCGUGGAGUCCCUCUCACAAUGGAAAAUGCUGCCUAAAAAGGGUUUUCCUCUCCUUUUUCAUGGCAUCAGGGGCAAAGAAAUGAGGGAAGGUUGCAGCCCGUCGUGGUUCAACCCAGUAGAGGCCGUGCAGGUCAUGUUUUACUGCUGCCAACUGACCAAGAAACUUUACAACCCUGUGGAUGCCUCACAGAUUGGAAUCAUUUCCCCCUACAAGAAACAAACUGAGAAGAUCCGCAUCCUUCUGGGUAAAGCAGGCCUCGCCGACAUCAAAGUGGGCUCCGUGGAAGAGUUCCAAGGACAAGAAUUCCUAGUCAUCAUCCUCUCAACGGUACGCUCCAACGAAUCAGCAUUGAGUGACAAUUUGCAAAGUGCGCUGGGCUUUCUGGCCAACCCCAAGCGCUUCAACGUGGCCAUUACGCGCUCCAAAGCCUUGCUGGUCAUCAUUGGAAACCCCCACGUUCUCAUUAGGGAUGUAUGCUUCAGGGCACUGAUUCACUAUUGUUUUACUAACGGAGCAUAUCUGGGCUGCGACCCCCCUCCUAACAUUAGAGACUCUCACAUGUAAGCAUGUUCUAUCCUCUUCGAUUCCACAACGUUGCCAUUAUAAUAACAUGUCGUCUUUUAUAAUAAACAGUACAACCUGAAGCAUAUGAGCACACACACAUUACAUCCAAUGAGUAACAACGCCACGCUGCAAAUAAAAGUUUAAUUAUGGGAAAA